AUAUACAUAUCACAUAUCACUUAAAUCUACACAUUAUUCUUUGUAACUUUGUGAGUAAUUAGUACAAAUCAAAUGGCUUCAAGAUCUCUUCACUAUCAAGGCAACCACACAUUCUCUAAAACACAAAAGGGUUAUAUAGUUUAUCCGAAAGCUCUUAGUAUUGUUUGGGGAAAUGAGAAACGCUUUUGGAAGUUACCAAAAUACGAAAAGGAUGAUGCAGAACUUAUACAGGUAAAUUGGUUGGAAGUAACUGGUUGCAUCGACGAUAUUAAUAUAACAAAGAAAACAUCAUACAACAUUGAAUUUACAAUGUCAUUGAUGACUGAUGCGUUCGGUUGGAACAACUCACCAAUAUAUCUUAUGGCUAAAUGGGGAGAUAAUACUCAAUGGAGAAAGGUAAAUUUGGCAACUAAGACUAAUGACAAAAAGAUGAUAUCAGAAACUAUUACUAUCAUAAAAGGAAAAGGGAACAAUACUGAUAAGAUUUAUUUUGGAUUGUAUGAAGUUUGGAACAAAAAGUGGAAAGGAGGUCUCAAAAUCCAUUCAGUAAACUUGACAGAGAUCUAGCUAGAUAUUGAUUUAGUUGUACUACAAAGAAAAUUGUAGGACCAAAAUAAUUUGUCGAUUAUUGUUAUAUCAUAAAUGAAACUCAUAUGUUAAACUCAAUUA